GUCCACGAAAGACUAUAAAGACCGGAAAAACACUGAAAAUUAACAGAAACCAUUCUGAAACUUCACUCCACCUCCCACCUUCUUCACCCAAGGAAAAAUGGAGGCAACAUUUCACAUUCCCAAACUACCCUCCAUUUUCCACCUCAUCUCCUUCUCUCUCCUCCUCCUCAUCACCACACCACCUUCUCCGGCCACCGCAACACCAACAGAAACCGCAACAGAAACCCUAAUUAAACCCUCAAAUUUCCUCUCAUAUUACACUCAACGCUGCAACGACGUCGUUCCACAGUCCCCAUUGAACAACUCCCCCAUCAACUUCGCUCUCGGCGAAGACGCGGCAUUACACUUCGACAUCGCUUAUUUCACCGGCGGCCAACAAUUAUUACGUAGUACAAAUGAAACCCUAUUCAAUUCCACUCAAUCCGAUGCCGUUUCACUCUCGUUUCACCCGAGAAGAGGAACAAUGUCGUUUACGCGAACACCUCGCGUGCUUUAUCUACAAGCAACUCUCAGAUUCCGCUUGCGUAUUCGUUUCAAAUCCAGGAAUUUGAGGCAAAUCCGGUUCCGCUCGCCGCGUUUUCCUGUCCCGAGAAACUCCUUAGAGUUUCAGCUGUAUGGGUUUUGGUCGAUGGACACUGGGAAGCUUUGUAUGGUUGGAUCUUCUAGCUUGAGUUUUGCGGAGUUUCGCCAUGUAAGUAAUAGUAAUGCUGUUUUGAAGCUUGAUUACACUGUUGGAUUUAGUAAUUUUAGUAGUUUGAUUAAUGGUGUUUUGGAGAGUGUUAAUGAUAAGGAUAGUUUGAGUUAUUUUGAGCCUAUUUCGAUUUUAGGGCUACCAGUUUAUGGUCAUUAUAACUAUACUUUGAUUAAUGAUAGUGUAUGUAGUCAAGGAAAUGAUCGAGUUAAUGAGAGUUUGCAUCUAGAUUGGCUAGAUUCUAGAAACUGUUUAAGUCAAUUGAGCCGGUAUGCUAGGAAUUUUGAGCUGGAUUAUGGGAAGGAUUGCGGUCGUAAUGGCGGUGGUAAGUGUGACCCUCGUGGUGGUGGUGGAAAUUAUGGGAAUUUGCCAAAGCUGAUGACUGUUAAAGGACUUAGAUGUGAGUAUGGAGAGGGUGGAUUUCGAGUGCUGAUAGGAUUUCCAAAUUCUUAUUACAGUAGUGAGUCUGUUGGUUAUGAGAGACCUUUUGAUCCGAAUACAAUGUUAGUUGGUGAGGGAGUUUGGGAUGAGAAGACCGAUAGGCUCUGUGUGGUUGCAUGUAGAGUUUUGAAUAUAAAAGAGUCGUUGGUUAAUGCAUCUGUUGGUGAUUGCUCGAUUCAUAUAAGCUUGUGGUUCCCUAAAACAUUGACAAUUAUGGAAAGGAAUACUAUGGUUGGGCACAUUUCAAGCAAUUCAAGUGUGAAUGCAACAGGAUAUUUUGAUAGGAUUAGAGUCCGCGGUCAUGGAAAUUUGAUGAGGGGUCUUAAGGGUUUCAAAUAUGAGUAUACUAUGCUGGACAGGGUAAGUAAAAGUUGUCCUCGAAAGAUUGCGAGAAGCAAUGGAAAAGCAUACCCUGAAGCUUAUUCCACUGACAUGAGAUUUGAAAUGUCAUUGGUUAAUGGUAAAAAACAUAUAGCACAAGGUUUUUCAUCUCCACUGUUUGUGGGCGAGCAGAUUUACGAACCCUAUCAAAGGAAGAGUAACCACAGUGGUCUUUUAAAUAUUAGCUACAGCAUGACCUUCGCUGAAAUUUCUGAUUUUCAAUUAGGAAGUAAGCUUUUGUCACAUGUAUCUGCAGAAAUAUCUGCAGAAGGGACAUAUGAUAAUCGGACCGGUCUUUUGUGCAUGAUAGGCUGUUUGCAUAUAGCAUUAAAUAGCAUAAAUUCCACCAAAGAUGAUAGAGUGGAUUGUGAGGUUCUGGUCACUGUUCAAUUUUCUCCAUUAAAUGCAAAUGGUGGGAAUAACAUUAAGGGAACUAUUAAAAGCAUGCGGGCAAAUACCGAUCCUCUCUACUUCAGAAAACUUGAGAUAUCUUCAAACUCGAUUUAUCAGAGCCAAGCUACACAAUCCAUAUGGAGAAUGGAUAUGGAGAUUACUAUGGUCUUGAUUUCUAAUACCCUUGCUUGUCUCUUCAUAGGGUUGCAGCUCUAUCAUGUAAAGAAGCAUCCCGACGUACUCCCCUCCAUUUCCUUUCUGAUGCUUAUUGUUUUAACACUAGGUUAUAUGAUACCUUUAUUGUUAAAUGUUGAAGCCUUGUUCGUACCAGAUCAUAGCCGGCAUAAUGUUGUUUUCGAGAGUAAUAGAUGGCUUGAACUGAAUGAGGUAAUAGUAAGGGUUGUAACAAUGAUAGCCUUUGUUUUGCUAUUCUGUCUGCUCCAGCUCAGUUGGUCUGCCAGGAACACUGAUGAAAGCCGCAAGAGUUUGUGGGUUUCUGAGAAAAAGGUUCUUUAUUUGUCCUUACCUUUUUAUAUAGGUGGUGGGUUGAUAGCUUGGUAUGCAUGCGAAUGGAAGGACUCUUAUAAGAAUCCAUAUUUACGACGUGAUAUGAAUUUCCCUCUGAAAAGCCUUAAAGCUUAUGGUGGUUUGAUUUUGGAUUGUUUCUUGCUUCCGCAGAUAAUAUUCAAUGUGUUCUUGAAUUCUAAAGGAAAAACUCUUUCCUAUCCGUUCUAUAUCGGAAAAACUCUAGUCCUUCUGUUGCCUCAUGCUUAUGAUCUUUAUAGGGCUAGUAGUUCUACUUGGUCCUUCGAUAUAUCAUACUUAUAUGGAAACCACAAGCUAGAUUUUUAUUCCACUACAUGGGAUAUCAUCAUCCCGUUUGUGAGCCUGUUGUUUGUGGCAUUGAUUUACUUGCAGCAGCGAUUUGGUGGCCGUUGUGUUCUUCCCCGGAAAUUUAGAGACACUUCUGUAUAUGAAAAGAUACCGGUAGUAAGCAGCGAGGAAGUUCAAGCUGAAGCCAAAGACUGAAAAUGCUCAGGCGCUUAUACUUUGUAUAGACUUUACAUGUUUUUUCUUAUUACAUUCUGGAAUUUUGAGAUAUGCAAUUGCUGAUAUUCAAGGUCACUGUAAUUGUCACUACUAAUGGUAAUUUUCGGGGCCAUUGAAAGGGUUGCUCAAUUUUUAUUAUGUUUACAUUAGUCAUGUAAAUAAAAUGGUGGCUUUGGAAUGUUCUUCUGAUUAA